AUUGGGGGACGUCACGUCACGUGAUAUUCUCUCAUUUGCAUUGCAAAUUGCCAAGGGCAUGGCGCAUUUAGCUGCACACAUGAUAGUGCAUCGUGACCUUGCCGCACGGAACAUCCUCCUCACGGAGCGUCACGUGUGCAAAGUCUCGCAUUUCAGUCUGGCUCGCCAUGUGGAUGAAGAGGACAUCUACGAGUCAGUCUCUAGGAGGCCGUUGCCUCUACGCUGGAUGUCGCCUGAAUCACUGAGUGACGGCGUGUUCACCUCGCAGUCAGACGUGUGGUCUUAUGGUGUGCUUCUAUGGGAACUGGUCACACUUGGUGCCAGUCCUUACCCGGAUAUGACGGGUAAAAUGGUAACAGAGCUCGUUACCAAGGGAACGCAGCUGCAGGUCCCUCGGAGCUGCCCCGAUGAUUUGAGCGCCCUCAUGAGAUCGUGCUGGGUGAUGGCAGCCCACCAGCGGCCCACCUUUCAAGCGGUGGUGGACAUGCUUGGAGACAUUAAUGGAGAUGGAAGGGCGGCUACAUGCGACUAGGGCAGCUCAAACAAGGGGGAGACCCCUCCGUGUUUGAAUCAGAGUCGGCGAUAGAGCAGAUUUAAACAGUUGGUUUUUUUUGUCUCUAGAAUAUGCGCUCUUACAGCUGCUUUCUCUUUACUAACAGCAUUUGGAUGGUCUUUCCUUGUUUAAAAAAGCUUGGGCAGAAAAACUGUCUUCUUGAAUCUGAAUUAAGAAGGUUUCCUUACUUGCGUCCCUAGUUUUUAAGCUGGAGUUAUUGAGAACAGAAAAUAGCAACAUCUUUGUUGUACAUUUGUUUGCAUGUUGACCAACGUUUAAAGUGAGAACCAGUGUUUUUAUUAUCUACAUUCUUUGUUUUAAUUAUAUUGCAACACAAAUUGUCAAUUCUCAGUGUUGUUAUUCAUAUAUGUGCCUUUAUCUGGCAAGGAUUGAAAGAGUGAAUAAAAAUUCCUGAAGCAUGCAAA